AAUAUACGCAAACAUGAUUUAAUGUAUUUAAUUAUUUAAAAGUUAAUUUUUGCACAAUGGAUGACGUCAAUUUAUUAAUGGGAAUAAAUAUAAUAAAAGAUGCUCUCACCCAUAUUGUUCUUAUAGUAUUUCGAUCGUUUUGUUUAUAAAGUAUUAUUUAUAUUUGACUAUGACUAAGUAUCACUUUUAGACAUUUGUUAGACAGAUGACCAAUAUCAUUUAAAAGUAUACUCAAGUUAAAUAUGAAUGAGGAAAAACUAAUUUCGGAUUUAAAAAUUAAAAUGACAGGUAAUAAGACGCGGAGAUACUCGCAGCCAGAUACAAGACGAGUGGUUAGACAGCCUGAAGAGAUAUUAAGAGAUGUUAGAGGUCUAAAACUUCGACAAAGAGUUUCUUUGGUUCUAGGUGACGAAUCAUUUAAAGAAGAACUCGAAGAUUCUAUUAGAAAAGCCUCCGCAAACGGAGUAUCAUCUAGUAGUAACAUUCGCUCUUAUCAAGAUUUUUUACUUCCAGUUUUUCAACCAAGUUUAAUAACUAUUGGUAGAGGGUAUGGGAAUGCUGCCACAGUAUUACCUAUAAAUGAUAUUAGAGGAGAAAAUACUGUUAAGUAUAGUAAAGUAAAUAAAUCUCAAAGAUGCAAACUUGCUGCAGUGUAUCGUCUUAUAGAUAUGUUUGGUUGGUCUGAAGCCAUAUUUAAUCAUGUUACAUUACAAGUGGGUGAUAAAAAUGAAUUUUUAAUAAAUCCAUUUGGUUUGUUGUUCAAUGAAAUUACUGCAUCUUCAUUAGUAACGUGUGAUCUUAAUGGUGAUAUUAUAGACAGUGGAAGUACUGGAUUAUGUAUAAAUAAAGCUGGAUUUCUUCUUCAUUCUGCCAUUCACGAGGCUAGAACAGAUAUUAAAUGUGUUAUACAUGUUCAUACAGCAGAUGUUGUUGCAGUAUCUGCUAUGAAAUGUGGUUUUCUAAGAAUAAGUCAAGAGUCAAUAAUUGUUGGUAAUGUUUCAUAUCACGAUUACUAUGGUAUAAUUGUUGAUGAUAUGGAAAAAGAAAUUAUUAAAAAUGAUCUAGGACCAAAGAACAUGAUAUUAUUUCUACGUAAUCAUGGUGUUGCUGUGUGUGGUACUUCUAUUGAAGAUGCAUUCCAUAGACUCUUUAAUGUUAUGGAAGCUUGUGCAGCACAAGUCAAAGCUUUGUCUGUUGGAUUGGAAAACUUAAAUAUUAUUAGCGAAGAAGCUUAUGAGAAAGUUCAAAAAAUAAUGGAGGAAAAAGGAAGAAGUAUAUUUUAUGGAGAGGGAAGAUGUCAAAUACCUCUCGAUGAAUGUUUUUUUGAGGCUCAUAUGCGUUUAUUAGACUCCCAAGGUUAUAGAACUGGCUACACUUACCACAUGCCAGAUGUAUUUAUUUCUGGUAAAUCAUCAAAAAAAAUGCCUGACUGCUGUCUCCCUCCUCAGGCCACUUCAGACAGAGAAAUGCCUUAUCAUGUUUAUUAUGAUUUUUGUGAAACUAAAUCACGUAGUCCUUCACUGGGUAUGGGAAACAGUUAUCAGAAUAAAAUGAAGUGGCUUAACAGUCCGGUUUUGGCUACGCAAUAUGUUAAGGAAAGUCCAGCACCAGCUACCCUGUUAGACGAAGGCGUUAAAACAAAUUCAGUCCAAGAUGAUGUUUUUAUUAAUGAAACAGAAAUAGUUACUUGUGCAAUUCAAAAUGGCAAUACUGGAAAUAAAGAAGUUUGUCUUGAUGUCGUACCAACCAAACCUGAACCACGAAUAACAGUUGAUAACCAAGUUUGUUCCACUGUAGAAACGAAUGAAAGUGGGGUUGUUAUAACAACAACACCUUUAAAAAAUGAUAGGGGUAGCACAGACCAUUGUGGAAGUGCAACUGUUUUAACAUUUACGCCUUUAAAAAGUGACCUAGGGAGCACAGAUAAUUGUUUGACUCCAUCUCUUAACAGCGAAUCAGGAUCUGUUCAGAGCAAUCUUGAUGGGAAAUCUUCCCAGAAACUUAAAAAACAAAAAAGCUUCAAGGAGAAGCUGAUGAAAAAACUUCAUUUUAAAGAGGAAAAGACAAAAUGAAAAAGUUUAAAUAUGUUAGGACAAUAUAAUAUAACAAAUAUAAACAACAUCAAGGCUUUUGCUUAUUUUUUUAAAAUUGAUCUUAAAGUUUUAUCAUUAGGCAUGUAAAAAGUUUCUGGAUGAGCAAACGCGAUGUAUACUAUUUUUUAUUUUAAUUGAUAUUUCCAAAGAGUUUUUAUUGAUGUUAUUGAUAGCUCAUAUAAUUUGUUGCAUCUAGUUUUUAUAUUUAAAUUUUUCUUACUUUAGAGGUUUCUAUUAUUUUAAUUUACAAAAAUUAUUAUACAGUUAUUUUUUUAGUGGUCGUGCUUUAACGUUUUUAUUUUAUAUAACAUACAGUGUUACGUUAUUGGGUGUGAUAUGGCUUGACAUAUUUGGUCAAAUUGAGCUUUGAAAACAGGUUAUAUUACAUAUUUGCCCUAGCCAAAAACUUCUAUAGGACCUAUAGGAUUUUAGAACACUUUUUAACUUAUGUGUUUUAAUUUAAUGGGUUCAAAUCUUAAAUUUUUUUUUUGUUCCAAAUUCUUAUAGGACCCUAUAGGAUUUUUUGACUAGGGUGGUCAUAUUAGUAAAACUGGUUAUUUUACAUAUUUGGUCAUAUUGUAAAAACAGGUUAUUUUACAUAUUUGGUCAUAUUGUGAAAAAAGGUUAUUUUAAGAAAAAUAGUUUUUAACCUUAA